GCUGCCAUGCCCUGGGCGCUGCUCUUCGGCCUGCUGGCCGCGGCGCUGCUGCUGCUACUACUGCUGGGCCACCGGCGCGCGCGGCGACCUGGUGAGCCCCCUCUGGAUACCGGCACCAUUCCUUGGCUGGGUCAUGCCUUGGAGUUCGGGAAGGAUGCCGCCGGCUUCCUGGCACGGAUGAAGGAGAAGCAUGGGGACAUCUUUACUGUGCUGGUGGGAGGCAGGUAUGUCACCGUCCUUCUGGACCCGCACUCCUACGACACGGUGGUGUGGGAGCCUCGCACCAGGCUGGACUUCCACGCCUACGCCACCUUCCUCAUGGAGAGGAUUUUUGAUGUGCAGCUGCCCCAUUACAACCCCAGUGAUGAGAAGGCCAGGAUGAAACCGACUCUGCUCCACAGAGACCUGCAGGUUCUCACAGAGGCCAUGGACAGCAACCUCCGCACCGUCCUGCUGGGCGACGCAGGUGGCGGCUGGCAUCAGGCAGGGCUGCUUGAGUUUGCCUACAGCUCCCUGCUCAGGGCCGGCUACUUGACCCUGUAUGGAGUGGAGGCUUCACCACGCACCCAGCAGAGCCAGGCUCAGGAUCGCACCCACUCGGCCGAGGUCUUCCACACCUUCCGCCAGCUCGACCUGCUGCUCCCAAAACUGGCUCAAGGCUCCCUGUCGGCAGGGGAUAAGGACCUUGCGUGCAGUGUCAAAAGUCGCCUGUGGAAGCUGCUGUCCCCAACCACGCUGGCCACCCGAGCUCAGCGGAGCAGCUGGCUGGAGAGCUACCUGCUGCACCUGCAGGAGAUGGGCGUGUCGGACAAGAUGCAGGCACGGGCUCUGGUGCUGCAGCUCUGGGCCACACAGGGGAACAUGGGACCUGCCGCCUUCUGGCUGCUGCUCUUCCUCCUCAAGAACCCCGAGGCCCUGGCUGCCGUCCGCCGUGAGCUCGAGCGAACCCUGGAGCAGCCAGCCUUGCAGAGGACUGCCCUUCCACAGAAGAUUCUAGACAACAUGCCUGUGCUUGACAGUGUACUGAGUGAGAGCCUCAGGCUCACGGCUGCACCCUUCAUCACCCGUGAGGUCGUGACGGACAUGGCCUUGCCCUUGGCAGAUGGGCGGGAAUUUGCCCUGCGACGUGGUGACCGCCUCCUUCUCUUUCCCUUCCUGAGCCCCCAGAGGGACCCAGAGAUAUACCCAGACCCAGAGGUAUUUAAGUAUGACCGAUUCUUGAACCCUGAUGGCUCAGUGAAGAAAGACUUUUACAAGGACGGAAAACGCCUGAAGAACUACAGCCUGCCCUGGGGAGCAGGGCACAACCAGUGCCUGGGACGGACCUUCGCCACUAACAGCAUCAAGCAAUUUGUGUCCCUGGUGCUGCUGCACUUUGACCUGGAGCUUCUCGACACCGAUGUGGAGGUGCCCGAGUUUGACCUUAGCAGGUAUGGCUUCGGCCUGCUGCAGCCAGAACAUGAGGUCCCCGUGCGCUACCGCCUCCGGCCCUGAGAUAUGCCUGCGGUCAUCUGCUGCGGGGCUGCUCCAUCUCCCACCUUGCUGGCUGCCCUGGACGCAGGUGCCGCCCACCGUUUUUCCCUGCUUUUCUCUGAAGAAGCAGAACCCAGGGGAGGGGAAAGAGAGGACGCUGAGAAAAGAUGAUUGCAGGAAACGUGUGUGCAGCCUUGAGGACUUGGUGUUGCACCUGUACACCCAGGUCGGGCGUCUUCUGCCACCAGCAUCCUCCU